AUGAAACCAUUCUCUGCCUUUGUGAAGACAGUACAUUUCAGAAGGGCGUGGAAUCAUCGUCUCAAAUGGGACGCCUUGGUGGAACAGCGUCGUUUCGCCUUACAUACCCUUCGCAACUUCGGUCUGGGGAGGAACAUCAUUGAGGAGAGGAUUAUGUACGAAUUUGAAAUUGCGUGUGAGAAGCUGGACAAGCGUUUGAAGGCCGAAGGAAAAUCGAUUAAUGCUCACAGAAAUUUCGAGUUACUGGAUGAGGAAGAGAAAUUCUUUGCUCUAAAGAAGACGCUGGAUGAUCUUAUGGAGAAUUUAUCGCUCUUCGAUUUUUUCAUUGACGACUGGAAUGUGAAUUGGCCAAUUCUCAGACAUCGAGUGGAGCGUAUAAUGAAGCCAGUGAACGCCGUGCUGGAUUUUAUUCGAAGUCAAAUCGAGCAAAGGAAGCGUGAAAUCGCUAAUGGGACUCAUGUACCGCAAGGAGAAGGCGACGAUUUUGUUGACGCCUUCUUAAUUCAAAUGAAAAAGGAACACGAGAAUGCCCUCCCAACGAGUUUUGAUGACGAAGGGCUGUUAAUGUCACUGUUGGACUUGUGGCUAGCUGGUCAAGAAACCACGUUCACUACAGUGGAGUGGGCCUUUUCGUAUUUACUUCUCAACCCGAAGGUGAAUGGCUAA